AUGACCACCACCGCCCCCGCCCCCCCACAUCACGACCGACAACCAGCACCCAUCACCAACACCACCACUCCCACCCACCAUCAUCACAACCACCCAUCGCCACUACCAACCACCCAUCACUACAACCUACAACUCACUACCACCACCCACCACCACCACCGCCCGUCACCACUACUAACCACCCAUCACCACCACCCGCCACCACCACCCCCACACACCAUCAUUACCCCCACCCAUCACCACCAAACACCACUACCACCCCCACCACCAACCACCAACCACCAUCACCACUACCAUCAGAACUACCACCCGUCACCACCACCGGAACUACCACCCUGUGGUGAAAUCGACGAUUUUUGCGUUAGUGAAAUUGGAGAUUGCUUGAAGCCCUCGUGUGAAGAAAUUGUUCAUAGUUCUUGUGUGGAGAAGAAUCGCUAUUGUUCGAUUUCUCGUGUGGAGAAUCUGAACAGCAAGAAACAUCACGAAAGCAAUAAAACCUAUGACACAAGAAGUGAAACUGCGUGUUCUUAA